AUGGGUGAAGUCGAGAAAAAGUUAUCCUCUUCUCCUCGCCUUGAGAUGGUCAAAUAUAAAUGCCAUAUCACCGGCAUGUAUCUCCUUCCACUCCUUCGUGCCGGCUUCUCGUCUCUGGACCUGGACUCCUCCAUGAUCAAUUCCAUCAAUACCCGAAUACAACGUCAGGAUAUCGAAGUGCAAUCUCGUCAAAAGGAAAUCGCUUCGAUCCAAUCUGUUCUACAACGUCUUCAAGAGGAGUGCGAUCACACCGUGACCGAUCUCUCUGAUAAUAAAUCACUAUUGUCCCCUAUCCGACGCGUACCACCUGACGUCCUGUUGCACAUAUUCAAUUUGGCAGCUGAUGAUAGUGAGAUCUGCCUCACAUCACCUCCGUUCAUCCUUCGUAGCAUAUGCUACACAUGGAGGGUCCUUGUGUUGUCAUCGCCAUCCCUUUGGUCUAAGGUGAACACCGAUGUAACUAAAUACCAGACACCUCCCAAUGCUAGAAAGCUUGGAUUUUACCAUGUACCACAAUCAUCCACGAGAUUACUUUGGUACCGCGCUUUCCCGGAUUUUCCGUUCCGUUCCUUUACUACGCUCCGUUACAGUAGCUGGCGACUUCUUUGCCGAAUUAUCGCAUCCUCUUCAUCAACCCACGAGCAUCAGUUUCGACUCUGGGCUGGCCAGACGUCUGACAAAUCCCUUUUCUAUGGUUGUAUUGCGCAAGGGACGGAACUGAAAUCGUUUACCUUCCGUAGCAUGUCUGACGGUUGUUCGGACAUGCGGAAAUUUCCUGUACCAUUACCGGAAAUAACCCAUUUAAAUAUCCGACAGCUUUCACCGGGAUACGAUAUUCCCACAGAUCUGAAGUACUGUACUUUUCCAGCACUGGAGGACCUGAUUCUUUUUGCUUGUCUUAAACAACAGUCUUCAGGACUCAAUUAUAUUGUACAUGAACUUGGAAUGAUCUCCGAAUUGUUGAAGCGCUCCAAACCCCGUCUUCGAUCUUUCGCCGUGUACAGGCCUCUUCCUUUACUGGUUCUUAACGACAUCGCCAUGGAGAUGUUUACGUUCCUCACAGAUCUCGUCAUUGCCGUAAACGAGGAAACGUCAACUGAAAUAGUGCAAAGAUUGGCAGAGCCUUCUAUCUCGACACAAAUGUGGGCUGCAAUCACUGGUCUUGUCGGUUCCAAACACCGAGGUUUUGAGGACCUAUCGCCUGGUUAA